AUGGGAUUCGGACGGAAGUUUCUGUCCGCUAUAGGCACGAACAACUCAUAUGAGGGGAAGACUGUGUCGAUUUCUGUGCUCUCCCCCAAUAAAGUACAUCAUGGUUUCUCAUCUACUUCAUCUAUUCCCAUGAUGAAGCAAAUAUAUGCCUCUCCUCCCCAAGCAAAUCAGACGGCCAGCCAUUCUGCUCCUGGAAGUUUUCAAGCGGGUGCAUUCUUCGGUGCCAUUUUUGGGUUCUUCUUCGCCGAGUAUUUUGGUCGGAAGCCCGUCAUUAUCGGAUCGAGCGCUGUCUUUACCAUUGGAUCAGGCCUCCAACUCGUGGGACGUAUUGAUGAGCUCUACGCCGGACGGGUGUUGACAGGACUAGGAAGCAUCCUCCACCAUGAUUCCCGUUUACACGCCGAAUGUUCUCCAGCCCUCGUCCGUGGGCGCCUCGUCGGUUGCUUCGCGAUCAUGCUACAGGUGGCUCUUGUCUUCGGAUUCUGGGUUAACUACGGCAUGAUUCCAGCUGGGCUGCUAUUGAUCUGCCUGUCAUGGAUAAUAGAAAGCCCACGUUGGCUGGCUAGCAAGAAUCGAAUCGUCCAAGCACAGAAAAACCUCGCUUGGGUUCGCAAUCUUCCAUUCGACCACCCCUACGUGGUCAAUGAGUUGACCGAAAUUCAGGCUGCUGUCAACCAAGAACUUGAGAUGAGUGGCGGAAGACGGACACUGUCACACAUUAUCGUGUUCACCGGAACCUCAGUCGGGCUCCUAGCGACCGGAGUGUAUGGCCUAGUCAAAAUGUGCACAACAACAGUAUUCAUGAUCUGGAUCGUGGAUCGGUAUGGACGUCGCGGUCCCUUACUAGUUGGCGCGAUCGGUGCAGCAGUGGCGAUGUUUUACCUGGCCAUAUAUUCCCAACUAAGUCAGUCCUUCGACCAAGUUCCACCCAGCGACUCUGGGUCACGAACGGUGGUCGCAAUGAUCUACGUUUAUGCAAUUUUCUACGGCUUCUCCUGGAACAGCAUACCCUGGAUAUUUGCAUCGGAAAUCCUUCCAACCCGCGUGCGAACCAUCGGGAUGAUGUCAUGUACUAUCGUUGCUUUGGCCUUUGCGUACUUAUUUGUUCCGGAAACGGAGGGGGUUCCGUUGGAGGAUAUGGGCAUCUUAUUUGAGGCAGAUGUUAGUGUCUUUGCUACGAAAACCCUAAAGAAUUAUCUGGAGUUUCGACAGGCGGAGUCGAGGGUGGCUGCUGAAGCUCAGUAG